GCACCUUACCCACAAAGAAGCAUAUGAAACGCGACAGAUUUUUUUUUUGUUGGAGCAAUCUUCUAUGCUGAAGACAGUGGUCCCUUAUGAUUCAAUUAUUUACGCGUAUUCCGCAAAUCAAUUGAAUUGAACGUUUAUCUCAUUUUACAUGCAGAUUGCGCAUCUCUAUCUGAAGUGAGAAAGGUCAAAACAUGGCAGAAAACACAGAGCAAAAUGAGGCAAAGCAUGACAACUCAUCAUCACCCGGAAUGACAGACCAAGAGAAAGAAAUGGCAGCCAGUGCAUAUGAAUCGUUUGUGGCUAAGAAGUAUGAUGAGUCUUUGAGACACCUUGAUGCUCUGCAAGAGUUGAAUAAAGACGACUACAAGAUUGCUUUGAAUAAAGCCAUUGUAGAGUUUUACAAAAGUGGUCAGACUACCACAGGAAACCUUAAGCAAAGCCUAAUGGCAAUGAAGACCCAGGUUCACACAGCCACCGAAGAUGUUGAUGGGUUGGAUGAUGUUGAAAAUAGUUUGUUGUACUACAAUCAAGCCAUUAUCCACUAUCAUAUGCGGCAGUACUCAGAAGCCAUUUCUAUUGGGGAGAAGCUCUACCAAUUUCUGGAACCGUUUGAAGAGAAGUUUGCUCAGGCUGUGUGUUUCCUGCUGGUGGAUCUGUACCUGCUCACGUUCCAGCCAGAGAAGGCCCUCCACCUGUUGGCUGUGCUGGAUAAGCUCUCUGUACAAGGAAGCAACAAGAACGGCAAAGGAGAGAACAACAAAGAUGGUGGGAACCAGAAGGCAGAGUUUUCAGCCAUGAUUGAGGCAGCGAAAUCAAAGAUGCACCAGUACAAAGUAAGAGCCCACAUUCAGAUGAAAUCCUCCAAAGCGUGUAAAAGGGAGAUAAAGUCAGUGAUGAACACAGCAGGAAAUUCUGCGCCGUCUCUUUUCCUUAAGAGCAACUUUGAAUAUCUGAGAGGAAACUACCGGAAAGCAGUGAAGCUGCUCAACAGUUCCAAUAUAGCCGAACACCCCGGACCCAUCAAAACAGGUGAAUGUGUUCGUUGUAUGUUCUGGAACAAUCUUGGCUGCAUUCACUUUGCAAUGGGGAAACAUAACCUCGGAAUUUUCUACUUCAAGAAGGCAUUACAAGAAAACGACCACACUUGUGCACAGCUCGGCGAUGGCGGCAAUGGGCAAGCCAAGAAAUUCACAGGUAUCCCCAUGUGUGCUCUACUAGCCAACAAACGCUAUGAGCUUCUGUAUAAUUGCGGCAUCCAGCUGCUGCACAUCGGCAGGCCUCUGGCUGCCUUCGAGUGUCUGAUUGAGGCGGUGCAGGUUUACCAUUCAAACCCUCGACUGUGGCUACGACUUGCGGAGUGUUGCAUCUCUGCUAAUAAAGGGGGUUCUGAACAAGAGAGCAAAGGUUUACCGUGUAAAAAAGGCAUUGUUCAGUCAAUUGUUGGACAGGGAUACCAUCGCAAGAUUGUGUUGGCAUCCCAAUCCAUGCAAAAUACUAUUUACAGUGAAGGCCAGUCGGCAGCCAUUCCAGUAGCCAGUAUGGAGUUUGCUGCCAUUUGCCUAAGGAACUCUCUGCUGCUGCUGCCUGAACACCAACAGCAGGACGUCAAGAUGGAGAACAGCUCCAAAAGCUCAAGUCAGUCAGGAAGCACCGAGAGUGGCAGCGAGAACAGUGAUGCCUGCAGUGGGAAAGGUCAGGAGGCCGACAGGUUACUCUCCGCGGCGCCAUCGUCUCCUCUCAGAAAACAAGAAGUGGAAAACCUCAGGUGCUCCAUCUUGGCAUGCAGUGCCUACGUGGCCUUAGCACUAGGAGACAACCUGAUGGCUUUAAACCACGCUGAGAAACUGCUCCACCAACCCAAGGUUUCGGGAUCGCUCAAGUUUCUCGGUCACCUCUACGCGGCCGAGGCCCUCAUUUCAUUGGACCGGAUCUCCGAUGCCAUCGCGCACCUCAACCCAGAGAAUGUCAUCGACGUUUCUAUUGGGGUGCUGACCAAUGAGCAAGACCCAGCAGGUUCUGAUAAGGGUGACGAACCUGUUGAAUCUUCAGGCAAGCAGACCCCCCUUUGUUAUCCCAGCAGUGUGACUUCAGCUCGAGCCAUGAUGCUCUUCAACCUUGGCAGCGCGUACUGCUUACGAAGUGAAUAUGACAAAGCCCGCAAGUGCCUUCAACAGGCUGCAUCGAUGGUGAACACUAAGGAGAUUCCACCUGAAGCCAUCUUGUUGGGAGUCUACUUGGAGCUACAGAAUGGGAAUACUCAGCUGGCCUUGCAGAUCAUCAAACGCAACCAGCUGCUGCCUCCUGCAGUCCAGAGGGUGUCGCCAGAUUCCCGCAAGAAACCCAUGCAGCCAAUCCAGCUUCCCUCAUCGUUCACACAAGUCCAGCGUAAAUGAGCCUCCAUAAUCACCUUGAUCCCAUUCGACCACUGACACACUCACUCUGAGGAGCCUUGCUAUUUAUUAUGCUUCCGACUUCAGCAUCAAGAGCCGUAUGAAAUGCAAAUCUGAAUGCUCCC